AUGUAUUCAGAAGAAGUUCUAAGUGGCGUUCAAGAUCAAUGGAUGGAAGAUAUCAGAAAUAAUCCAGCAUUCUUAAUGACCAACAAUCCAAAACCAAUGGCUGAACUCUCACCACCUCGAUUGUCACAUGAUGAGUAUGAUCAUCGCUUUAGUCAUCUAAAUGCAGAAUAUGAAAGAUUUCUUUCUUCGAUUGGAGCACCAAAUUAUGCACCUGAAAUAUCACCAAUGAAAACAAAAGCUACUACAUCGAGAAAGUCAUUUGGAAAUCAACUGGAAGCAGAAAAUUACUCAUCGAUAAACUUAUCUGAAUCAGAAAUAGCAAGCAGUUUAUCAAGAAAGCAAAUAAUUAAAUCCCCAACAACCACAUCGAGAAGCUCGUCGGUUAAUGAAGUGACAACAAUCUCAUCAAAAAAGUCAGCUCGAUUGGAAGCAGUAAUAAGCGCAUUGAGAAAAUCAUUAGCUGAAUCACUACCAAGCUUGUCGCAAACUGAAGCAACAACCAUCAUGUCUGAAAAGGAAGCAACUGAAUCAACUGAACCAAAAGCCAGCUCGUCAAGAAAUUUAGAAUCAGCAGAAGUUAACUUGAAUGCUAUGUCAAUACCUAAACAUGAAAUCGAAUGUGACAUUGAAACCUUCUUAGUUCAUCACACCAAAAACUUCUUCAGCAAGACGGGAACAAGUUUAAAAAGCAAUUACCACAAGAAAUUCGGUUUUCGUCAAUUGAUUGAAACGAAGGACACAGAAUUAUAUCCUUCAAAUCCCAGAAAUACUACAAGGCAACGUACAAUUGCUGAUGCAUCGAAUUCAUCUGUGGCUUCAGUAAAAGAGUCAGAAAAAUCAACAGAUGAAGAGUCGCAGCUCGAAAAUCCUCCAAAGAGAAUCAAAUUAGAUUCUGGUAGUACUCAAGUUACAAGCAAGCAAGUCCAGAAGGAAGUGAACAUAUUUGAAGGAGAAGCAACCUUCCAUAUUGUGUUCCGUGCUAAUCGAUUGAAGGAACUGAAGAAUACAAAUGAAAAAUCCAAAAUUGAUGUCUCUUCAGCUCAAUUACCUGCAUUUCCUUUAAUGCGUCGCACUUUUCCAAGCCUUACAGAACGAACUGAAAAGGAACAGAAGAAAAGAGAUAAAAACACUGCAGCAGCAUCAAAGUCUCGUGCGAAAAAUAAAAUUUAUGCUCAGAAUUUGGAAGAAGAAGCAUUUGAAGCAAUGAAGGAAAAUUUCGAAUUGAAACGCAAAGUUGCAUUCCUGAGAGCUCAAGUCAACUCCACAUUGAAGAAACAUGGAAAGAAGGAAGUCAACUUCAACGAACUCUACGAAAGCUAUUUGGAAAAAAUGAUGAAGAAGACAGCUUCAGAAGUUUCAGAAGAAUGA